GACGGCAAAAGUUGGGCCAAGCUAGAUAAUUGCCGCAAGCAGUAAAGCAUUCAGUAGCCCAGUUUAAUUGGCCCAUUCGACUGUUCUCAAUUUGGAUCCGAAUAUAAUAAUUUAAUACGGAUACCGCACGUGGCGCGACACGUGAGUGAUUAUUUCCCCUGAAGAACUGGGGCCCACCACCAAAAAGGAAAUUCCAGUUUUAAUACCUCUCCAUUUGCUACCGCCACAGAGAUUUAUCAUUUAUGCCUCUAAAACACGCACCUACACCUACCCAGGGGUGAGUGAGUGAGUGAGCAGCGGGGGAACAUUUACAUACGUCAGCUCCCAUUUCAACGCCGUCCGCCGCCUCUAAUUCUCGAAUUCCGAUGGCGGAGGAGAGUCGGAAAACCUCGAAGUCAAUCCCGCCGUACAUGAAGGCACUGUCUGGAUCCCUCGGCGGCGUAGUCGAAGCCUGCUGCCUACAGCCGAUCGACGUCAUCAAGACGCGUCUCCAGCUCGAUCGAACCGGUUCCUACAAGGGGAUUAUCCACUGCGGCAGCACCAUCGCCAAAACCGAAGGUGUCCGGGCAAUGUGGAAGGGUCUCACGCCUUUCGCCACGCAUUUGACGCUUAAAUACGCGCUCCGGAUGGGCUCCAAUGCGGUCCUGCAGUCCGGUUUCAAGGACUUGGAGACCGGGAAAAUCAGCCACCAUGGUAGGAUGUUGUCUGGAUUUGGUGCCGGAGUGCUCGAAGCUCUGGUUAUCGUCACUCCAUUUGAGGUGGUGAAAAUCAGACUUCAGCAGCAGAAAGGAUUGAGCCACGAACUCCUCAAGUACAAAGGACCAAUACACUGUGCUCGUACAAUCAUCCGCGAGGAAGGCCUUCUUGGUUUAUGGGCAGGCGCUUCCCCAACUGUGAUGCGCAACGGAACAAACCAAGCUGCUAUGUUCACAGCCAAAAAUGCAUUCGAUGGCGUAUUAUGGAACAAGCACGAAGGCGAUGGAAAAGCACUCCUGCCUUGGCAAUCUAUGAUAUCAGGGUUUCUUGCAGGGACUGUGGGCCCCGUUUGCACCGGUCCGUUCGAUGUUGUGAAAACGAGGCUUAUGGCUCAGAGCAGAUCUUCUUCUGGAGAGAUGAAGUAUAAAGGUAUGUUUCAUGCUAUCAAGACUAUACACGCAGAAGAGGGAAUUCGUGCACUGUGGAGAGGAUUGUUGCCUCGGCUUAUGAGAAUCCCGCCUGGACAGGCCAUUAUGUGGACUGUGGCUGAUCAAAUAACUGGCUUUUAUGAAAGGAAAUACAUAAGCAGUGCACCUUUAUCAUAGGUUCGCUCUUACGUAAUAAUAUCUGCAUUUUUCAUCGGAGGAACUGAUUUUUUUUUUUUUUCUGGAGUUGAGCUCUCGAGCAUUGCUCUUACUUACUUUGUGAUAGAAGAGUUCAUUAGCUGGCGGAACUGUUGUGCUUCUUUAGCUUUAAACUUAGGGUUUUCCAGAGGAGACGUGUUACACAUUCUUAUGUUGUCCAUUCUUGACUAUAGCAAAAAUCUUACUUACUAUGGCGUAUUGGGAGAUCUUUUACUAUUCGGAUACAAGUGGUUGAUUCAAAACCCAGAAUGUCGAAUUUGUAUGAAGGAUUCGUUUGUAUCUCUUUUUUCGUUGUCUUGAAAUUUGUAUGAGAAACGGGGACGUUUACUCUGUUAUGGAGAAA